AUGGCUCGAGGAAACACAAGAAUGGAGAUUUUGGUCUUUAGUGCUGUGCGGAACAUCAAGCGGGGGGAAGAAUUGACUACACUCUACCAAGCACCUCUUGGUGCCACCCUCGCUCGCAGAAAGUUUUUAUCAUCUAAAUAUGGAUUUAUAUGUAUGUUCAGGGCUUGUAUAAACAAUAAAGUCCUCAACCUACAUAGUGAGAGUUUGAAAUAUGCUCCUUGGAUUGUUGCCAAAGAAAGUGGCUCUGAGAUUCUCAAUAAGCCAACUUUGGAGGAGAUUCAAACUUUGAAGCAGGUCGAAGGCUGGUAUGAGAGUGUCUCUCAAGCAGCAGGAAAGGCCGGACAAUUGCACAUAUUUGACGAUUUUUUGCGAAAGAACAAUCCUCAUGGAUUGAGCGAUGAAGUUGUUUCUGCCUACCAACACCGAGCAAAUGUCGCAACUUUCAGAGCUGCAAAGCAAGUUUUCGACAACAUGGGGAGGGAGAUGGGAAUUUUUUCGGAAGAUUUCUGA